GUUUCAAUCACAAGCUGGGAACACGUCACUGAGCUACAGAGGUACUGUAAAAAAAGGAUCAAGGCAGAACAAGAGAUGAAAGGAUUUUUGGUGCAUUUUCUCCUGAGUCUAACAGCCGUGCAGUGUGAAUGGAGUGUGACCUACUCCUCUACACAUGUCUGUGGUCUUAAAGGAGCAUCAGUGGUCCUGCCCUGCACAUACCAGUAUUCUUAUGGAGACACGUAUCUGGGAGGAGAGUGGUAUGAAGAGAAGAGUGGUAGAGUCAUAAAACACAGUCACUCUAAUUAUCCUGACUGCAGUCUGAACAUAGACACACUUUCAGAUGGAGACUCUGGUGUUUAUCAGUUUCGGUUUUAUACAGUCUUACACUUGAAAUGGAUGACAAGCAAACCUGGGAUUACAGUGUCUGUUACAGAUCUGAAAGUAAAGGAAGUUGCUGCACGGAAGCAGAAUCAGACUGAGGUGACCUGCAGCACCUCCUGCAGUUUGGGCUCUGAACUUCAGUAUGUCUGGUACAAGACUGGACAGCGUUUACCAGGCAAAACCACAGCCUCCAUACUAGUCUAUGAAGUGGCCAGUUACUCCUGUGCAGUGAAAGGUCAUGAAGCUCUACACUCCCCAGCAGUGUGUGUUCCAGAUAAAGAGUGCUGGGGUGUGACCUACUCUGAUGAGAAUAUCUGUGUAUUAAUGGGCUCAUCAGUGGACAUUCCAUGCACUUACUUGCAUCCAAGAGAUGACCGCAUCAAAGAAAUGUUUUGGUUUCACAAACAAAAAUAUGAAAAGUAUUUUGGUGAAAAAGAAAAUAGUUGUACCCUGAGACUGGAACACAUCAGAGAGAGUCACUCUGGAGAAUAUACCUUCAGGUUUACAACAGGUCGAGGACAGAAUUACUCUGGAUUACCUGGAGUCAACAUUUCUGUUACAGAUCUGCAGGUGUGGGCACCUCUUGAUACAGUGAAAGAGGGGGACAAAGUCACCCUCACCUGUAAUACUACCUGUACUCUGAGUAAUGACCCCACCUUCAUCUGGUACAAGAAUGGACAGCCUGUGACCUACAAACAUACAACCAGAAACAACAAGCUGCAACUAAACCCAGUCAGCAGUGAGGAUGCAGGCAAUUACUCCUGUGCUGUUAAAGGAGACGAGAGUCUCUCUUCAAUAGCUGUCUCUCUUGAUGUCCGAUACAAGCCAAAGAAUGUCCUCGUGUCCAUCACUGCCUCUAGUACAAUAGAGGAGGCCAGUCUAGUGAUUCUGACCUGCAGCAGUGAUGCCAACCCACCAGUGCACACCUACACCUGGUACAUGAAGAGUGGAGCUGAAUCUCUUGUUAGGGGCACAGGGGAGAGCAUCAGCUUCAAUGUGACCUCUAAUACCAGUGGACUUUACUACUGUGAGGCACAGAAUGAAGAAGGCUCUCAGAACUCUACUGAAGUCACUGUCCAAACAGAUGCUGAUGUCCUCCUGCCAGCCAUUGUCACCACAUUCAUCAUUCUCGCCGUCCUGCUGAUACUUGGAAUUGUGCACUUGAGUAAGAAGAAUUCUGAACGUACUACAGACAGAAGACCCACAAACAUACAGAAUGACUUGAGUGUUGUGUACAGCGCCAUCAUAGCAAGAGCCACGACCUCUGACCCCACACAGAGAGUGACCUCAUGUGAUCAAGACGACGUUCAGUAUGCCAGUGUUCAGAUCAAUCACUCCAAAACACAGGAAGUGCCUCUAUACUCCACUGUUAACACGCUUCGAACAUCCACACUGGACAACAACACUGUCUACACUUCAGUUCAGCUCCUCACAGGGAGUGCUGCCACCAGAGCUGACGAUGAUGGUGUAAUCUACAGUGCAGUCCACAAACCCUGAAAGGCCUGGGAAACAGCAGAGUUGAGAUACCCAGAGCAUCAGAGCAGAGCAAACAUCGACAGUACAGGCUGUGCACAUUCUUUUUCAGCAUUCAUUAGUCUUAUUAUCAGUGCUAAAUGUCUUUAAAGUUUCCAAAUGAAGGAUUUCCUAUUAUAAUUUGGCAUUGUGCAGCUAUGAUCUGCUUUGUGAAGGGGGUGAAGCCUUGCACACGCGCAAUGUGUCCAAAAUAGCUGUCCGAUAACUGCCCAAAGUGUGUUGCAAGAUGGCCACGGAGUGGGGGAACUUGCCUAAAAGGAUUUUGCUAAUACCACUCAUCCGCACUUAAUAACAAUGGGCCUCAUUCUCCAACCAUUCUUAUGAAGAAAUGUGUUCUUAAAACCCACUUACGCAGUUUUUACGAAGAUUAUGGUAUUCAACAAUGUUUUCUUGUUAUUACUGUAGGUAAGAAGAGAAUCUACGAACACUCAAGAGCACUCUUACGCACAUUUGGGAAUUGACUUGUUUGUGCAAAAUAAAUGGCUAUUGCAUUUUCAUCAUACAGUAUCUGCAGAUGUAAAAUAUAAUGGAAUUUAAAUGACAACUAUAUAUUUUAUCAUUUAUGAUAUUUUUGAAUGAAAAUAUAAUUAUUUUCAAAAAAAUGAAUUCCACUAUUUUACAAAGCAUUAAGGUAUUUUAAAAUAUAUAAACACAGCAAAUAACACCUUUUCACUUUUUAUACUAACUACUAAAUAUAAAAACUCAUUUACUAUUCAAUUCCUGCAGUGCUUUCACUUCAAAGCAUGUGUCAUAUAGGGUAAUCAAAUUGUCUUGCUCAUGUAGUGUAUAAUAUACGGUACAAAUGAAAGCAGGUGCCUCUGCCUCAAUUUGUGUGCACAUGGCCCUGCAGUAUCCUACCCUUUUAUGGGGAUUGACAGGGUGUUUACCUAUGUUAAUUAAGAAUAAUUGACACGCCCUGUCAACUUUAGAAGGAAUGGGAUUCAGCAUGAAUAAGAAUGAAACUGCGAACGAUUCUGAGGUUUAAGAACACCUUCGUAAUUCUGCUUAAGACUUUUCGUAGAACUUUCUUAUGAACACAUUUAAGACAAUUCUUCGGAAGAUAUUGGUGAAUGAGGCCCAAUCAGGCAGCUACAGCGCUACACUCUGGGGGCAUGUUUGUCAACCCCUAUGUUCAUGCCCCCAGAGUGUAGUGCGGUAGCUGAAGAAAUGGAGACCUAUGUGAAAAAUCGCCGGAUUUAUCCUUUAAAUAAAAACCACUGUUUACUGUUUAAAAA